GUUGUUUGUCAGUCCCUGAGCCAGUCCGCAGAGGGAAGGAGGCAAGAUGGUGUUGGAGAGCACUAUGGUUUGUGUGGACAACAGUGAGUACAUGCGGAACGGAGACUUCCUUCCCACCCGACUGCAGGCCCAGCAGGAUGCUGUCAACAUUGUAUGUCACUCCAAGACUCGAAGCAACCCUGAGAAUAACGUGGGCCUGAUCACACUGGCCAAUGACUGUGAGGUGCUGACCACACUCACCCCGGACACUGGCCGCAUCCUCUCCAAGCUCCACACUGUCCAACCCAAAGGCAAGAUCACCUUCUGCACUGGCAUCCGCGUGGCCCAUUUGGCUCUGAAGCACCGGCAGGGCAAGAAUCACAAGAUGCGCAUCAUCGCCUUUGUGGGUAGCCCCGUGGAGGACAACGAGAAGGAUGUGAGUCCACAGACAGCCUGCCAGGCAGAGCCUCCAUUUGGAAAUGUCUUGAAGUACUUAGAACUGGGCGGAGGUGUUAGGCAUGUCAUCUGGGGAAAGGCCCUUCGUGUGUCUAUGGAAGAGCAGCGGCAGCGGCAGGAGGAGGAGGCACGGCGGGCUGCUGCGGCCUCUGCAGCUGAAGCUGGAAUUGCUACACCUGGGACUGAAGGUGAAAGAGACUCGGAUGACGCCCUACUGAAGAUGACCAUCAGCCAGCAGGAGUUUGGCCGUCCUGGACUUCCGGACCUAAGCAGUAUGACUGAGGAAGAGCAGAUUGCCUAUGCCAUGCAGAUGUCCCUGCAGGGAACAGAGUUUAGCCAAGAAUCCACUGACAUGGAUGCCAGCUCAGCCAUGGACACAUCUGAUCCAGUCAAGGAGGAGGAUGACUAUGACGUGAUGCAGGACCCGGAGUUCCUUCAGAGCGUCCUAGAGAACCUUCCAGGUGUGGAUCCCAACAAUGCAGCCAUUCGAAGUGUCAUGGGGGCUCUGGCCUCCCAGGCCACCAAGGAUGGCAAGAAUGACAAGAAUGACAAGAAAGAGGAAGAGAAGAAGUGAGACCGGAGGGAGGGGUAGCCGCGUCUGCCCAGGGGACUGUAAAGACGGGGUUGAAUAGAGGCUUAGAUGUGCUCUGCUGCCUUUACGAUGGAAUAAAGCUUGGCAAGUUUU